AUGGAUCGCCUUCGAGAUCUUGAAGUCCCCUGGACGGACUCGAAUACCCCCACGCGCCGAAAUUCGGUCGAUUUAUCUAUUCCUUCGCCACCGGCUGAACAUGACCCUAAGGCAUUUCUGAAUCAUCAUACAGCGAAAUCGGCAGCGAAAACUGAUCCCUCACAACUCGAGAAGGGUAGUCAAGAUGACAGUAUUGAAGAAGAGCCUUCACAACAACAAUUGUCCCUCAGACAACGCUUGCAUCAUUUUACGUGGGCUUGGUUUACACUACCCAUGAGUGCAGGCGGUUUGGCUCUACUGAUUCACGUCCAACCCCAUCAAUUCCCCGGUUUGAGAAUCAUCGGUACUGUACUUUACAGCAUAAAUCUCCUUAUCUUUACGCUCUGCUGUAUUGGCAUGAUAUGUCGCUUCUUGUUCAACUCCGGCGACUUGACGAAAUCCGUCACGCAUCAUCGAGAGGCAUUCCUCUUCCCAACUUUCUUCCUGGCUAUUGCUUCGCUUAUCACCAGCACCCAGCGAUAUGUCAUUCCCAAAGACGACGCCUCAUAUGUCUGGGCAACUGAGACCAUCUUUUGGAUCUACGUCGUUGUCACAUUCAUCUUAGCUGUCUGGCAGUACUCGUACCUCUUUGCAGGACAUAGCUUCAACUUGCAAACAAUGAUGCCAGGUUGGUUGCUGCCUAUCUUCCCAGUCAUGUUGGCAGGUACCGUUGCAACUGUCAUCUUGGACACUCAGAGCCACCUCAACCCUCUUCCAAUCAUCUUCGCUGGCCUGACGUGUCAAGGCCUGGGCUUCUGUGUCUCCAUGAUGAUGUACGCUCACAUGAUCGGUCGACUCAUGCAAUCUGGUCUUCCCAAUCGAGAACACCGAACCGGCCUCUUCAUGAAUGUCGGCCCGCCAGCAUUCACAGCCUUGGCCCUUAUUGGAAUGGCUAAUGCACUCCCCAAGACCAUCUCUGGAGCUGACAACCUGGCUCUGAACGUCGACACCGUCCGCACAGUAGCUCUGCUCUGCGCAGUAUUCCUCUGGGCACUGAGCAUGUGGUGGUUCCUUAUCGCUGUCGUCGCAGUGGUCGCAUCCCCACCAAAGUUCUUCCAUCUUGGUUGGUGGCCCAUGGUCUUCCCCAAUACUGGCUUCACGCUUGCUACUAUCUCCAUUGGCAACGAGUUCAAGUGCGAAGGCAUUCUCUGGGCUGCGAGCGGUAUGACUAUUAUUCUUGUCAUCACAUUUCUCAUCGUCUUCUCAUUUAAUAUGAGAGCUGUUUUUGUACGAGAUAUUAUGUAUCCCGGAAAGGACGAGGAUGCAGAUGAUCAUUAG